CAUCGAGGUAUGCUUCGGGUUAAUAAGUCACGGAACGCGUACAUGUCGGUGGUGGUACGGUGGCGGCACGAUGGCCGCUUGUCCCCUCCGCCCCUAUAAGAAUUGGAUGGUACCAUCGCACGCGAUCCGCCACCAGGCUCCUCCAGUUACAACGUUGAGGCGCCGUUCGAUUUUCUUCGUCGACUUCUCCCGGUUGGGAGAAGCGUAUCAUCGAUUGGCCGACUGGGCGACCGGUAUGCGUUCUUAGAGGGUGAAGCGAAGAGUCGCUUGAUAAAGAGUCGCGGUAGAACGCGCUCGCAGAAUGCUGGCGACGAACAGCGCUUACGGUUGUCGCGACUGUCAUCGCGCAUUAGCUGGUAGCGUGACGAGUAUCGCGACUAUCGGCAACCCGAGUGUAACGCGUCCGAAAUUUUCUCCGAGAAUCACUGCCAAAUUGAAAACGUUACCCGGUAUAAGUAGCUACACGGAUCCGGCGUGCGUCGCACGGAUGAAGCGCUUGAGAAACAGAAAAACAAAUGGAACUUCAAAAUUAGAUCUAAGCAAGAGGAAACCGGCGGAUUAUAUGGAGCUGGCAUAUAGGGAAGCUAUCUCAAAAUUAAAGUAUCUAUUAGCUGAAUCUUACGCUCCGACGGGAAUGUCCGGAACAAAACAACGAAGUGUUCGGAGCAUAUAUAAAAGUAAUCCGCGAAUUAGCGAAUCUGGAGAGGACACAGAUGACCAGAGUAUGAUUAGCGAUAAUUUUCGGAAAAAGGAUCUUUCCAGAAGCGCAGCUUUAAAUACCUUUCCUCCUCUCUCGAAAACUAUUCGAUCAUCGAAGGCGUACAGCAAUAUAGCAUUGUCAAGAGCCGAUCUUCAAUCCAUUCCUCCGGAAUUAACGACCUUCAUUGAACGGCAAGAAGAUUACAUCGAACAAUUAGAACGAGAGUCUCAAUAUUGUAGAGAUGAACUGAUCAAUUUAUUGAGCAAAGUUCGCGAGGUUGUAGCUGAGAACGAGACAUUGCGUAGCAGAAAUCAAAUUGCAUUGCCAAAAUGCGUUCUACAGGAUCAUAAAGAUCACUGCGGGACGAAUCACGAGUGUCACAAGCAGGACGAUCAUAUCGUUGAUAACGUAUUAGAACCCAAACGAGAGAAAGCCUUGGAAGGACCUAGUAUAAUAUUCGAGUCGAGAAUUAGCGAGUUGGAGGCGCAAUUAACUCAGGCCAAACUGGAGUUACGAAAGACGCAGGAGGAGAACCAAGCAAACUUGAAACGUUUGUCCGAAAGCGGUUCAAAUGAGAGCAACGCUGAAUUGAAGGCCGAAUUGGAUAAGGCUUUACGCGCCAAGUAUGAAGCUGAAAUGAAGCUAGAGGAAUUGCAGAAAAUGUUGUCGGUCGCGAGAGACAAAGAAACCGAGGCGACGCAGAGAGCGAAGCGAACCAUGGAUGAUAGACACGAGAUCGAGUUUGAGAGAAAUCAGAGCGAAAUGGAGAUUCGCAGAUUAAAGGACGAGCUGGAAAGGCAACACGACAAAUUACGAGAAGCGGCUCAAGAAGCAAAUAGGCGUAUAACCGAGGAAAGGCAGCAAGUGGAGCGUCGAUACAAUCAGCAAAUUGAGCAACUCACUGCCGAUAUCGCGACCCAUUGGGAGGCUACCAACAAGUCACAACUGGAGUCUGAGAAACAGAGACGUGAGAUAAACGAACUGAGACGAGAGUUGUCUCAGAAGCAAACAGCCAUCGACAACCUGAAGAAAGAGUUACAAAAUAAGAUUUCCACCCUGCAGAGCGAUCUUAAUCAGGCAUUAAGUGAAAAAGAUGCGGCGGAACAAGAAGUUUUAACCGGUAAACUGGCGGCUGAACGAAGCGAGAGGCAAGCUCGUCAAGAACAGAACAGGCUGCAGGCGGAAAUAAAUUCGUACAAGCAGCGUCUGGAAAGAGCGGACGCCGAUUUGGUACAUUGUAGACGAGAGAAUCUACGAUUAUUGGAGCAAAUAGCAUCUUUGGAAAAAGAGAUCAGCAUGAGUAAAAUUGUACGGUCUGAAGAAAAUCGUAGCGAAGUUACGCCUAGAUUGGAGAACGAGAAGGAAUUGACUUCCAUGAUAAUGGAUAUGGAGACUAAGCAUGAGGGGGUCGUUGAGAGAGAUGUGACAACGGUUGGGCAAACCGCUUCGCCUUCGAGCAAGAAACGUACCGUUAAGGUUGAUCUAAAAGUAAAAGUAAUUCCGAAAAAGAAGUCCGACACCUCCAAAACAUCUCUAUCAGCACAGGAAGAAAUGGCCGACUUACAAAGCAACAUAGAACACCUAUCAAGUAAAAUUCAAGGCAGCCUUGUAAGUCACGCAGGAGGAAUUGCUAUGGAAACUAACAAUGGUACUGGAGCUUUUCCUUAUAACACUACGAUGGAUUCAGUAGUCUCGCCGCAUACGAACGGAUUACCGGUCGAUGCUCAAGCAUCACAAAUGCUACAUCAGGGAUACGAUACUACGAAUAGUCAACAAGCGACGGACGAAGGGCAAGAAAUGUAUUCAAAUGCACCGAAAAGAAAUGAUCAAUCGCAGGACAACUUGUAUGACCAAUCAAGCAAUCAGAUUGUACAAAAUAACUUUGCACUAAAUGCAAUGGAAACUACAGAGAUGUAUCAGCAGCAAGGAGAUGUUCGAAAUAACGAAGAAUACACAGCGAAUGAUCCAAAUAUGGAAACUUAUAUGAUGGAGCAGGAUCAUAAUCAAUACAGUGAAUAUCCUUCCCAGUAUCAGGAAGAGCAGUAUAUGAAUGGCAGCCAGUACAACGUGAUGGCAGAGCAGAUGGAAAAUAAUCAAACUAUCUCUGAUGUAGGCAAAUCCAGUACUGAAAAUCUACAUUAACGUAUUCUAUAUUAAUGACACAUAUAUAUAUAUA